AUGCCGGAGGAACGCCACCCCUUACCAUCCCCAAUGGCGGGAAGACUUAGGGGUCGCAAGGAACCUGCAAAGGAGGGGUCUUCCAAGCUCCUUCCCCUACGCCAAGGAGGGGGCCCAGGCAACCAAUUCCAAUACUGGCCCUUCUCGGUCUCAGACUUAUAUAACUGGAAGUCCCAUAACCCUUCCUUCUCACAGGACCCUAUAGCUUUGACCGCUCUGAUCGAGUCCAUUCUAAUCACGCAUCAACCCACUUGGGAUGAUUGCCAGCAGCUCUUGCAGACUCUUCUCACUAUAGAGGAGAGACAAAAAGUUUAUCUGGAAGCCAGAAAAAAUGUUCUGGGAGACAAUGGAAGACCUACCCAGCUCCCGAAUGUGAUUGAUGUCGCCUUUCCCUUGACCCGUCCUGACUGGGAUUUCAAUACGGCUGAAGGUAGGACCCACCUAAAUCUUUAUGGCCAGUUACUCAUAGCAGGCCUCCAUAAUGCAGGGUGCCACCCUACCAAUUUGGCUCAGGUAAGACAGGUUACUCAGGGCUCCGAAGAAUCUCCAACCGCUUUCUUAGAGAGACUUAGAGAGGCUUAUCGUAGAUAUACCCCCUUCGAUCCUGAUAGCCAUGAACAGAGAGGAAAUGUGUCCAUGGCAUUCAUUUAGCAGUCAGCGCCAGACAUUAGACAUAAGUUACAGCGACUGGAGAAUUUACAAGAUUUCUCGUUACAAGAUUUGUUAAAGGAGGCAGAAAAAAUUUAUAAUAAAAGAGAAACUCAGGAAGAAAAGGAAGAAAGGUUAAGGAAAGAGGGUGAAGAAAAGGAAGAUAAGCGAGAGCGUAAGCGAAAUAAGGAGCUUAGCAAAAUCUUGGCCGCCAUAGUGCAAAGCAAUCAAGGAUCAGAAACAGGAGAGCUAGGCAAGGAAGGAGACAGAAGAAAGCCUCGGGUAGCUUGGGACCAAUGUGCCUAUUGCAAAGAGAGAGGACAUUGGGCCAAAAACUGCCCAAAAAGACCCCAUAACCC